AUGCAUUUCAGCAUCUCCAUACUCGCUCUCUCAGCAGCUCUUGCAUCUGCUACAGAGGUGGCUCCUGCAGCAGCUGCUGAUGCACCUCCUUCACCUGUUGCACAGAUUUGCUCGGACUUCCUCAACCGUUGGUCGAAGACGAAUGGACUUGCAGUGGAAAGCAGCCAAAUCCCGGAACCUAGGAAUACCAGAUAUAAACAAGUGGGCGAUGACUCCACAAAUAACUAUAUAAAGAAUGAUAUCCUUGCGGUUAUUUUAGCCAGGGACACUGUUUGGGUAAAAUACAGUAUAUGUCAUCUAUUAAGUUUACUGUUCUAA